UUUGUAUUUAUGUGGGGGGAGAGCAAAACAACAAGUUGACCACCUCCAGUUUUGUCCAAAUGCGCCAACAUCUUAUGCUCUCGAGAUUUGUCUAAUCUCAUAUCCCCUUAUCUCUUCUCUCCCCUUUAUAGUGCUUUCUUCUUGAUUCUAUUCCCUCUCCAUUCUGUUCUUUGCAAUGGCGGCUCUCCCUUUAAAUUACAUUCUACUCAUUGUUAUAUCCAUCACUAUACUAUGCAUCCUUUUUAUCUCUUUUUUCCUUCUGUUGAUAAUUCGGCGACCAAAGUGCACAAAACACGCAGGCAGCGGUGACAGGAAUCAGAUAUCAAAUUCUCAAAUUGUCUGUUACAGACAAGAUGUGAGUUGUAUCUAUGAAGGUAAGAAGAAAGGAGGGCAGGUGUUUACAUACAAGGAGCUUGAACUGGCGACGGAUGGGUUUAGCGAACGCAAUGUGAUUGGAAAUGGUGGGUUUGGUGUUGUUUUUAGAGGGACUUUGGGGGAUGGAACAGUGGCAGCCAUCAAGGUUUUGCAUGGAGAUGGGAAGCAAGAGGAGAGAGCGUUCAGGAUGGAGGUUGACCUAUUGAAUCGCCUGACAUCCUCCUACUUAGUUGAGCUACUAGGCUACUGCGCUGACCAGCACCAUCGACUCCUAGUAUUUGAGUUCAUGCCUAAUGGGAACUUACAGCAGCACCUUCAUCCUUCUUCAUGCAACCACUACUAUGAACCCCUCAACUGGUCUACUCGCUUGAGAAUCGCUCUAGACUGCGCCAGAGGCCUCGAGUUCCUCCAUGAACACACAGUUCCUUCAGUUAUUCACAGGGAUUUCAAAUGCAGUAACAUUCUGCUAGACCACAAUUUCAGAGCCAAAGUCUCAGAUUUUGGAAUGGCUAAAACAGGAUCUGAUAAGGUCAAUGGGCAGGUUGUUACCCGUGUUCUAGGGACCAGUGGAUAUGUUGCACCUGAAUAUGCAUUAACUGGCAGGCUGACUACCAAAUCAGACGUUUACAGUUAUGGAAUUGUCCUUUUAGAGCUACUAACAGGGCGAGUACCUGUCGAUACUUUGAGGCCUCCUGGUGAACAAGUGUUAGUCUCAUGGGCUCUUCCAAGACUUACUAAUAGGGACAAAGUGGUCGAAAUGGUUGAUCCAGCUUUGGAAGGACAAUAUUCAAGGAAAGAACUAAUUCAGGUAGCUGCAAUUGCUGCUGUUUGUGUGCAAUCAGAAGCAGAGUAUAGACCUUUGAUUACAGAUGUUGUGCAAUCUCUCAUACCUUUGGUUAAAAGCCCAAGUGGUUCAACUCCCUCGAGACUGCAUCAUCAAAUUGCGAUAUCUGUUUCAUAGUUCUUAGAGCAAGAUCUGAAGCUAACAUAAAGGGAACAGAUCUACACAUCAGAGGGCUUAAAUUUCAAAGUUUUUAUGACCAAACCUAUGUUGGCUACUAGAUUUUUGCCUUAAGCAGUAUAGAUAGAAUGCUAAAUUUUCCUCUACUCGAGAUGAGAUUCUUCAAUGUAAGAUAACCGUACUACUGUACAGAUAUCUGCAGAGUGUUGAACAAAUAUGCUUCUCUGAGCAAAGGAUUAUUUGUCCUAUAUUUUGUUUAA